AUGUCGAGCUGCUUCAACCUCUCAGUAGAAAGAAUUGGUUACACUUUUGCUUACUGUCUGCUAUUUGCUGUUUCGCUGACUGGAAACGCCUUGAUUGGAGUUAUUGUGUACAAAACCCGAAGUCUGAGAAAUCCUGUCAACUAUUUUAUUGCAAACAUGGCCAUAUCUGAUCUGCUGUUUCCUAUUUUCCUGAUCCCUCAGGUUUUAGUUCAGUUGAAUACCAACACCUGGCUGAUCGAUGGUCCUCUUGGCCAAGCAUUGUGUAAGCUGUCUGGUUAUUUAGUUGAUGUGUCAAGUGCUGUGUCCAUUCAGAGUCUCGUUAUAAUAGCAGUAGAUCGAUUUAGAGCUGUGGUAUUUCCCCUUCGUUCCCCACUGAUUAGUUCAAAGCGCGGUCGGUUCUUCAUUCUCGCCACUUGGAUCAUCGCUAUGGUUGUCUUCUGCCCAUCCCUGUUUACUUGGAAAGUUGUGGAGCAGCCAGAGGGGUUGGCGUGCGUGAGACGGUGGAAAGCGGCAGUUGAAGAGUCUUCGCUCAAAGAAACCUUUCCUGUCGCGAUGACUAUUUUAUAUCUGUAUUUUCCUUUGGUUUUUAUUGGCAUUCUGUACCUUAUAAUUGCUUUCAAAAUGAAAGCCAUUAAGAUUAUAGGUUUGCAAUCGGUAAACGUUAGAGAACAACGUUUAAAGAGAGAAAGAAAUGUUUUUAAGAUGUGCAUUGCAAUUGUGUUGGUGUUCGCAGUAUGUUGGGUGCCAUUCAGCAUCUGGUGGCUGUUGUUCCUCUAUUCUUCAGACAGAACAAUAUCAUCGUGUGGCUUUCAAUUAUUUGGGGUCAUAGCCGUAUUUCUGAGGCGAUCAAACUGUGCUGUCAAUCCUUACAUUUGUUUCAUUUUCAGUGGAAACUAUCGUCAAGGUCUUAAAAAUCUCUUCAGUUGCUUCUCUGUUGGCCAAGCGCUUAAUCAAAUUGCACCUUGGUUUGAUUCCCAAGCUAUUGCCUUAAAUUAUUCACGCCCACAAAGGGAUUAAUUUCUAGAUAACCUCCAUCAAAAAUCUAUGUUUCAUUUGCUAAUGAUUGUAAGGUAAAUAUUAUCAUCUGCUUUUAUUUAUAAAACAUUUGACCGGGCCGUUUGCAUGGCAUGUAACAGAGUCCAGAGAUUGGUUUCGUUACUCGCUAUGUUAUCAGUCUACAUAAAAAAGAAAUAAAAACAAGAUUUUUAACAUGAUCGUGACGUAUUUUGAUUUGUACCACAUGAGUGGUUAUAAGGAGCUUUUUAUUUGUGACCAAUCAUGUAUUAAAAAUUGGAUGAGGAAGUGGCAAGUCGAGAUAGGUCAGGGUAAGAGUAUAUAGUGCCUCAAAAAUAUUUAAUCGGUUCCUCACAGUUAGCAAGUUGUUGACUCACAGCACAAAGGUUUCAUGGCUGGCACCUGGGCUUGAGGUCUCUUUCAGUUUGUCCAUUGUAGUUGAAAGAAGCUGACAGAAGACUUUACUAUUUGAAAUAAAUUUUAACCUUUGCAAAUUGGAUUCCUAUCUGAUUCCAAAUCCGAUGGCUAAGUUCCAAUGCUCGAUGUCUCUUCACUUUUCCAGUAUUUGGUGAAUCAAAUAAUAGAAACAAAAGGCAGACAGCCCAUUUUGUCUGUGUACAUUCUAUUUAUAAUUACACUUUUUGAGCCCAAGAGAGGACACACACAGCUUUCCAUAAUGCGACUUUUAGCUUUUCCCUACACCGAAAGGCCGGAAGAUGUCACUAAAAAAACUGUUAUUUAUAUGGUGGUUAUUCAUGAAUACAUCAAGAAUUUUGUGCAAUUUUAAAUAUCAGAAAGGCCACAAAAUGUACACAGCCUCUAAUGGACCUACAAGACACACUGACUGUCAAACAGAUUCAACAGCACUAAUGGCUUUCUGCCAAAACCUGUCUUGCAAGUAGAAAAAAAAAAUACUGUCGGGACAGAAAAUUUUACAUGGGCGGCGGAUGGAAAAUAUAGGUUUAGAAAUCAGCAAUUUUAGCUAUACAAUACCAAACUAUUACCGUCGCUCUGUUCAGAUUAUCGCGAGGAAAUCAAUGACAGGAAGAGGUGCGAGACUGCCUUAGUGUUCGUUCUUACGGUAUAUCGAAUUUUCUUUUAUAUAAUUUCCAGCGAAAGCAAUAUUAAAUACAUAUAUUUUUGUAGCUCACAACUCUAAGCUCCUCUGUUUGCCUUUUUACAGAGAUCUCCGACUAUUACAAGGCUCCGGUACCGAAAGAAAAAGCAGAGAGAACGUGACUUUGAAAGUCGUCACAAAUGUUAACGAGAUUCAGUUCCAGAUCGGAUAAAAGGUUUCUAGACUCACGAUUUUUGAAGGUAUCCGACUCACACCUUCUGUUGUUUUGUCGGGCAUAACUCCUGGAUCUGUGUCUUGAGAAAAAUAUCAUCAGUUUACCCCAAAUGUGGUCGUUCACUGUUGUACUUAGUGGCUUUACCUUUUGAACGAAUCUUCGCCAAAACUCACAAGAGAUUCCGUUACGCUACGUAGAUAAGGUAGGGGAAACACUUUUCUCUACUAUUUUUUUUUUGCCCACGGUUUUGGGCAAUGGAUAACGCAUGAUACUUUUCAGAGACUGAGUGAAAUAUUUUCGAUCAACUCAUUUUAGAAACCGUGCUAAGCAACUGUCAUAAGUGUCCGCUAUAAAACUCUGAUAGUUUUUAAUGAGAGAGACUUACUUUUAAGCAGGACCUGCUUUUUUUUGCAAAAGAUAAAUAAAAAAACUCGCACCUUCUUCACUGUGAGACUUGUGAGAGAAAAAAUAUCACACCCUCAUCUUGCCACGCGUUUGAUUGAAAACGAAAAUAACUCAAAUACAUGCUCUCGCAAAAACUAGUUAUCAUUCCUUUGAUCAUUAUAUCUUGUAUCAUCAACAUAGUUACACGAAUUCGGCGCUUUUGCAAAGAAGGAUCCUUGUGUUAGGUAAACAUGCUGGUUCUAAAAAUGAUGAGCACCUCGUUUGAAAACAGCUGUGCGCCAGAAACAAGGUCUUUAAUCGCCUAAUUUGCGAACCUUUGGCUCGAUGUGCUAAACGAGGGUCAAGUCUACCCAUGGGUACACCGAUGGAGAUUGAUUUUACUGGUGCAUAUUUACACUACCCACUCCCCCAGUGCAGCAAAAUUGUCACUCCGAUAAUUUUCUCGAUUAGUUACGAGCUUUUCCGCCUCCCUUCGGCCAAAGUCCCUCAGGACUACCAAUUACUCAGGACUUUUGUUUGGAAAGUUGACCCGGAACAAUGUGCCAUUUCUUGAUACGAUGGACACAAAGAUUCAUUCCGUUUCUUUUGUAUGUCAAUUUAUAAUUCUCUAAAACUGAUUUCACCACUGAGCGUCUUACUACCAAGUAUUUUUAUGAAGGUGGUAAUAAUAACUCUCACGUUUAUGGAGUACAUCUUUUUCAAUAGAUUGGGAAUAUGUAUUUAGAGAGUUGUAGAGAGGCUACAUGCGACAAUAAUUAUGUACACAGUCUUUAUUUGGUGCUCUAGGCAUGGUGGGAUUGUAACGCAAAAACUCAAAUACAGUAAAGGCUUUAGACCAACACAUUUUCAAAAGAAAAAACAUACAAAAUAAAGACAGGAAAAAAAAUUAAUAAGUGAGUAAGGAAAAAGUGUUUUCGCUGGAAAAAAUCUUUUGAAUUCGUUCCUCAUGGAAAACUAAUUCCAACGAAGUAAAAUAAGUUUAGCUGCAGAAAGUACAUCGAGUUAUUUGUUAGUAAUCAGCUUUGUUUUCUUUAUUGAGAAUAUAGAUAGCCUCCUGAAAACUGCUCUGAAGAAGAACUGGUAUCUCAGUUCCAAGAAUGUCGGUAAAUGAGUCUGCAGUGGUAAAUGGAACACAGACCGUGGCGUCCUGCUUUGAUUACGAAGUACUAAGGAUCGCUUACAUUGCUGCAUUUUUUCCGGUAUUUCUAGUUUCAUUAGUUGGAAAUAUCUUUAUUGGAAUAAUUGUCUACAAGACGAAAUCCUUGAAAAAGCCAGUCGACUUUUUUACAGUAAACAUGGCCAUCUUAGAUCUAGUGUAUCCGAUUUCCAUGCUUCCUCGUAAUGUUGCUUCAUUAUUUACUAGCAGCUCCUGAUUAACCAGCGGUCCUCUUGGCCAAGCAUUGUGUAAGCUGGGCUCCUUCUCAAUAGAAGUCUUCACUCUUGUUUCAGUCUCAGGGUCUUGUUCUUAUCGCAGUCCAUCGAUUUGGAGCUGUAGUUUUUCCCCUCCGUUCCCCACUGAUCAGCUCAAACCAGUGCCACUUCUUGGAUCACUUGGAUCAUUGCCAUGGUCGUCAGGUAUGCGGUCGAUUAAAGCAUAUUUGCUGUAAUCCUCCAAAAUAUCUUAGGUAAAAUUAGAAAAGAAUACUGAUCUUGUUCAUGGCUUGUGUGAAUUUUUGUCGUUUCAAAGUGCACAAAGCUGAAAGCAGACUGUAAAAAGUUGCAUAGUCACCUUUUGCAAUACUAUUUGCCGUUAACGUCACACAUAACUUCUCUAUUUUAAAACAACUUCCUUUCUCAUACGUGAUGAUUCUGAGACAAGCUGUCAACUGUCACUCAACAACUAAAUUAUUCUAUUUCGGUACUCCCAAUUCUAUCAUGUGCUUUAUUCCUGUUUGCCUUUAGAUUCAGAUCACGCCUUGCGAUGAGCUAUCUUUCUCAGAAAUGACUUGUUUUUCCUCUUUCAGCUUUGUUUUCUUUACUGAGGAUAUAGGUAGCUUCCUGAGGACUGCUCUGCAGAAGAACUGGUAUCUCAGUUCCACGAAUGUUGGUAAAUGGGACUGCAGUGGUAAAUGGAACACAGACCGUGUCGUCCUCCUUCAAUUACGAAGCACUAAAGAUCGCUUACAUUGCUGCAUUUUUUCCAGUAUUUCUAGUUUCAUUGAUUGGAAAUAUCUUUAUUGGAAUAAUUGUCUACAAGACGAAAUCCCUGAAAAAGCCAAUCAACUUUUUCAUUUUAAACAUGGCCAUGUCAGAUCUGGUGUAUCCGAUUUCCAUGCUUCCUCGUGAUGUUGCUUCAUUAUUUAUUGGCAGCUCCUGGUUAAUCAGCGGUCCUCUCGGCCAAGCAUUGUGUAAGCUGGGCUCCUUCUCAAUAGAAGUCUCCACUGUUGUUUCAUCUCAGAGUCUGGUUCUUAUCGCAGUCGAUCGAUUUGGAGCUGUGGUUUUCCCCUUCCGUUCCCCACUGAUCAGCUCAAACAAGUGCCGCUUCUUCAUUCUCGCCACUUGGAUCAUUGCCAUGGUCGUCAGGUGCCCGGUUUUGUUCUUCUUUAAGGUUUUAGAGCAUCCAGACGGGCUGGUAUGUGCGCCGCUGUGGUCUCCCUACUUCAAACACUACACUGUGGCAAUGAUCGCUGUCGGUUUUUAUGUGCCAUUAGUAUUGAUCACCAUACUUUACCUUACCAUCGCUUUAACAAUCAAAUCUCAGAAAACUCCGGGUGAACAAUCAGUCAGCAGGAGAGAACAACGUUUAAAGAGAGAGAAAACCGUUCUGAAGAUAUCCAUUGCCACCGUUUCAGCAUUUACAAUGGGCUGGCUGCCACUCAGUAUCUGGUGGUUGGUGUACUUCUAUUCAUCAGACAAAACAGUGAUAUGGUCUGGUGGAUUUCAAUAUUUCACGGAGAUUGUCCGAUUUUUUAUGUACUCAUACUGUGCUGUAAACCCCUGCAUCUGUCUUAUUUUCAUCGGAAAUUACCGCCAGGGUCUUAAAAAUCUCCUCAGUUCCUUCACUGUUGCACCGCCGUAGCUUAAGCCCCCACACUCUAAAAUUCUAUUCAGUUAUGAACGUUUUAAUUAGAAUUUAAGGAAAGUAAGCUUGGCAGUAAAAAAGAUCUUUUCAGUAAAAGUUCUCAGUUGAAUAAAAAAGAAGAACUUUGUCAAUUAUCAGCUUGAUGUUUAUAAAAACUACGAUGAUAAAGACGUGCACUGGUCCCGCUAGGAACUGAUCGUUUAUUUGCCUUCAGCCGCAUGUCAAAAAGUCAGAGGAAGAUAAGAAGUCAAGUAAAAGCUCAAUUUUUAAAACGGAAAAACUUGUUGAACUCAAGAAACUUCAUGCAACGGUUACACUGUUGUUUAAGCAGUUGUUUUAUGUGUUCCUUCUGGUUACAAAUGUUAAAGAAGAUACUUGAAAAUAACAGUCUUUCUACUAAGAUGUAACACACUGAGAAUUGAAAUGUUCAGUGUUAAAAGCUAAAAAUGAAAUGUACAUCCAGCUGAUGUCUUAAUGUCUACGGAGGAGAAGUUACUUUUCUUUGCAUGGAGUUUGAUUUUCACACAGCCAGUUGAAAAGUACAUCAACAUAAUAGCACCUUUAGAAACUAACAGUUCUAUAGUCGAACCUGUAUUCAGCGGUCACAAUACAAGUUGACCGCUAAAUUCAGGUUCGGUUGUACUUCUUCGGAGAGUCAGUAAACGGAGUACUUUCAACAGGGAAGUUUGGUGUUAUAAAUAAAUUAACAAGUUUAGUGAAAUUAACUCCACGAAAAGAUGUACAUGACUUAAAGCAAGAAACGUAUUUCUGUCUGAAUAGAUUUCAAUAUAAAGUAACUAAUUAAAGCAAAAUUUCGUUGCUUUGUCUGUUCAGUUCUUAUAUUAAAAGUUUGGGUUCAGAGCUAAAGAUUGGUUAAAAAAACUGAGGGAAAUUAUCGUUCGUUUAAAACCAAUUCAGGGGUACGGUUGAUCGAAACCGAUAUGUAUUCUUUUUUACUCUUUCGUCCUUUUAUUCUUCUUUGAUAGUCAUAUCACCUGUACUUUGUUUUACCGCAGGGACUGAAAUUUGUCGCUCGGCAAUGCUUACAUUUUGAAUAGCUGGUUGGAUGAGUGUAUGCGGUCGAUUAAAGCAACGCCGUAAUCCUUCAAAAUAUCUUAAGUAAAAUUAGAAAAGAAUACUGAUCUUGUUCACGGCUUGUGUAAAUUUUUGUCGUUUCAAAGUGCAAAAAGCUGAAAGCAGACUUUAAAACGUUGCAUAGUCACCUUUUGCAAUACUAUUUGCCGUUAACGUCACACAUAACUUCUCUAUUUUAAAACAACUUCCUUUCUCAUACGUGAUGAUUCUGAGACAAGCUGUCAACUGUCAUUCAACAUCACUAAAUUAUUCUAUUUGGGCACUUGCCAUUCUAUCACGUGCUUUAUUAAUGUUUGCCUUUAGAUUCAGAUCACGCCUUGCGUUUAGCUACCUUUCUUAGAAAUGACUUGUUUUUCCUCUUCAAUAUUUAAAUACAUUUCUCUAAAACUGUUUUUUUCACUUCUUGUCUUCCAAUUCUGUCUGUAAUCAUACUCGUGAUCAACAAAUUGGACUCCCGCUUCGCAGUCGUUCGAUUUUGUUAAUCACUCGUAUGAUUACAGACCGAAUUAGACUCCACUCGGUCUUAUUACCAAUACUAAUCUGUUCUCUCUCUAUGGAAAUUAUCGUCAAGGCCUUAAUAAUCUCUUCAGCUGAUUUCUCUUCGGUUGACCCAGAUGCUUUUUUGUAGUUUGAGCCCAGAGCUGUUGCGUGUUAGCUCACCUGCUUACGAUGUUUCUGGUGCAGAUACACAAUAUAUCAGCCUUACUGCUGAUAUAUAACAAAAAUGGGCUCAUUAAUACUACUUUUGAAUAAUCACUUUCGACAAAGUUUAAAGGUCGGGAUACAACACAAUCGACCCCGCAGAAAAAAAAAAUAGAUAUCUUCUCUACUGGUAUUCUGGCACUUGCUCAUUCAAACUGACCGGCCAGGGAAGUUGAAAUAAACCAACAUCUUCAAAAUCCUCAGAAAAAAGUCACUUCAGACCGCACGACUUCAUGUAUAUACCUAACUGGCAGCUCAAAGAAGUUUUAAGAAAAUUUGAAUGACGGCUUAAACCAUUAUUUAGAAUAAUUAUGGUUAAGUGGUCGUUUGAUAUAUAUAAUUCUAGGUACAUAUUUUGUGAACACUUUUUUGUAGAGCACUGUCGUUAAAAUUUUCCCAAGAGGUUUCCUAAAAGGAUCAGAUAAAAAUAAAAAUCGAAUUGAUCACGUGUAGCCUCGAGUUAAUUAAGACAAAACAUAUCACGAAGCCACAGCUCUUUCAUGACUUUGUGUUCGCGAAAACUUAACCCGUCCGCGCCUUGUUAUAAAUACCCGAAAACAUAUGAUUAAAAUGCUCUUUUUUAAGCUUACAAUUUUUUGAAUGAGUGUGCCUGAAAUGAUUAUUAAACGAAGGGAUGAAAAUAUAUUUAGAGCAAUAGAAAGAAUAACAUCUGUUUAUUCUCUGGCAUGAGAAAUAAAAAGAGAUAUCUUAGUAGUGGAACAUUAGGGUUUGACUGAAUUAAGAAAAAAAAAUUGAUAGAGAACUGAAAGAAGUUUGGCGCUUUUUAAACUUCAUCAAUUUCUUCCUUAGCACUCAUAUCACCGGCCACUUUGUAAGUUGCUUUUACCUCGGGGUAGAAUGACAUAUGUCGCUCAGUAAUAUUUACAGCUGUAAUAACUGACCUCACUAGAGCACUUAACAAAAGUGUGUUUAUACGGUCGUUUAAAUUUUUCAGUUUACUAGGUUUUUCUCAAAGGAAUCUCAUGGUUUCUCUAUAACCCUUUAAAAUACUGUGUACUACAUCUUGGAACAUUUUCCUUCUCUAAUUAUAGGCCGCCAUCACGCGGAGCCAACUGUCAAACGUUAUUCAAUAAAUAACGCUAUUUCAGUAUUUGUUUUCCAGUCAUUUGCUAAAGUUUUAUUGCCUGUUUAAUUCAGAUCACGCUUUGCAAGGGGAAGGAAGCAGCCAGCUUUCGUUUUAACAUCCUUUUUCCCCGUUUUCCGUCUCUCAAUUACAAGGCCAUUUUUGUGCACAAAAUAAGGAAAGAUGCGCAUAACUUGACACAUAUUCCUCGCUUUUCUAGCUCACAUUAGUUUCUCACGACUCAUUCUGGCUGCGAAACUGACAUCCGUCAAUCGUCUUUUACGAAAAUAGGAAGCAAACAAGCGAUCAAGAAACAACCACAAAAACUAUCAUCAAGUGACUGAAGCACAAAUUUAUGAUAUGUAUUGAAAGCGUUUUACAUACACGUCAAGAUGCGGAAACAGAAGAAAAGGAACUUUCUACAACUGUUCCUGAGGCCAAUGAUAUUUCUAUUUAAAGUACAAUUAUUCAAAUGAGAUCAUUCCAAAUUUUCAUCUCAGGUUACUGAUACGGUUCAUCGAAACCGAUAUUUAUUUAUAUUUUUUUUACUCUUUCGUCUUUUUGUUCUUCUUUGAUGGUCCACAAAUUAUUCUAUUUCGGUACUCGUUAUUCUAUCACGUGCUUUAUUCCUGUUUGCCUUUAGAUUCAGAUCACGCCUUGCGUUAAACUACCUUCCUUAGAAAUGACUAGUUUUCCUCUUUUAUAUGUAAAUACAUUUCUCAUUAAUUGUUGUUUUCACCAUUACCAAUCAUACCAAAAGGUUAGAAAGAAUUAUAGAAUUCAAAAUCUUUUUUUUUCCUUAACAAUCCUAUUUUAACUGACUCUAUUCCUUUCCUAAAAAAAAGUUUUUUGAGUACAGACUAUAAGUCGAAAUUAACUGAAAGUAAAAUGAUAUCUGAAGAUUCUUAGUUAAUCAAUUUGUAAUGUAUACGUAGACAGUCGCCUCUGCUUUACUUAAAUAGAGUAUAUGGGGACUCAGACUUUUUUCUUUGUCGCACGCUCUUGACAAGACGAAAACAUCUUCCUUCCAGAAAUUUAUAUGUUAGGAAUAACUUUUGGAUCCGUACCUGAAAAAGAUUGUUUCCCCCAAACGACUAAUUGUUGACUGGUUUUACAAAGUGGAUGCAGCUUGAAAGAAUAGUUCGGUAAAAACUGUGAGAAGGUUUUUCCGUAAGGUAAGAGCACUCUUUUACUGUUUUUCAGUUGUAUGACGCUUCGCAUGGAGCGAGCGAAAUAACACAAUUUUAAAGUUUUUCUGAACAAUUUACCUUUGUUUUCUUUAAAUAGAGUUGAGGCAGCCUCUUGAUAACCACUGACUGAAUUAGAACUGAUCUCUCAAGAAUGUCAGCAAACGUGACUGCAACGAUGAAUGGAAUACAGUCCAUGUCGAGCUGUUUCAACCCCAUAGCGACGAGAAUCGGUGAAACCUUUGCUUACUGCUUGCUAUUUCUUGUUUCGUUGGUUGGAAAUACCUUCAUCGCAAUGAUUGUCUUCAAGACAAAAACUCUAAGAAAGCCCAUUAAUUUCUUGAUUGUUAACAUGGCCAUGUCCGAUAUGCUUGUUCCGAUUUUCCUUUUUCCUCGUGAAUUGGUUUUGACAUACACUCGCUCCUGGCUGAUAGGCGAUCCGCUCGGUCAAGUGUUAUGUAAGCUGAGUAUCUAUGCAUCUAAUCUGUCCUUUACUGUGUCUAUUCAAAGCCUGGUUUUAAUAGCGGUCGAUCGAUUUGGAGCUGUGAUGUUUCCCCUUUGUUCCCCGCUGAUUAAUUUCAAGCGAUGCCGGGUCUUCAUUCUCGCCACCUGGUUCAUCGCUAUGGCUAUCUUUUGCCCAAACCUGUCCGCCUCGAAAGUUGUCGAGUCUCCAGAGGGGCUGGCGUGUGUGGCUGAUUGGGAGGACGCAUUAGGAGAGUCGUCGUCCUACAAAAACUUCGUUUUGGUGAUGCAAGUUGUAAUUUUUUAUGUCCCUUUGGUUUUGAUCACAAUACUUUACUCUGUCAUUACGUUAAAAAUCAAAUCCCAGAAGAUUCCAGGAGAGCAAUCAACUAACACAAGAGAAAAACGCUUGAAAAGAAAGCGAAAUGUUCUUAAACUGUCCGUCGCCAUUGUGUUGGGGUUUGCAUUGUGCUGGCUGCCCCUAAGUAUUGUUUGGUUCAUGUUCUUCAACUCAGACCGAACAAUAACAUCAUCUUGUGGCUUCUAUUACUUCUGGUCUGUUUCCUUAUUUCUAGCCAAGUCGAACUGUGCGAUAAACCCUUGGAUCUGUAUAUGUUUUGGUGGACAUUAUAGUCGAGGUCUCAAGAAUAUUCUCAGUUGCUCUUCUUUUGGUUCUGACGUUGAUCGAGAUGCACCGUAGUGUGACCCCCAGGACUCUAAAACUUUAUUUCACCUAAGGAUUAAUUUUUUACUGAGUGUUUUAAUUUCAGAUUGCGAUAAAGUCAGCAAGGUAAUUAAAGAUUCGAAAGUUACAUUUUUUUAAAUUAUUAAUUAACGAAAAAUAAAUAAACUUAUCAAUAGAGAGGCUUUGUCCAAAGGUCAAACCGUUGUUUGAACUUUUGCGUAACGAAUGUUUUUGUGAGCUGUAUUAAUCUGAUCACCUAAUUUAAGGACUUUAUUUGAAAUUUAAGAGUCUUUUGACCGAAACGUAACACAUUAGGAGACACAUAUGAUGUAGUGAACAAAAGACAUCUAAAAUGUUUAUCAGUAGCUGAGUCGAGUUUGUAUCAUUACCAUAAUUGUCAUGAUAUGAAAUAGUAUUCCCUUUCAAGAUGACAAUGCAGAAUGGAAACACGAUGUUAAAUAAAAUAAAGAAGCAUUACUUUUCUUCUCGUCUUUGAAACAGGAAAUCUAUUUAUUACUUGAAAUUUUUUGAUCCAAUAUUAACUGCCUCAAAGCCAUCGAGAACUCCAGUUGCCUUAAACUUUCUUUUAAUAUCAGAAAGUCUUUUCUCAGGUGAAUAUCAUGGUGAACAAACUUUUCAAAAUCGGAUCUACUCUCUUAACUUUAGGAUUGGUUACAAAUUAUUCGCAAAGUAAUAGGAUAUUAUAUGACCGAGAAAUACAGAUUUGAAAUAAUUAAUGCUGUCACUGAUGAACCAAAGGGCAUAAUCUUGUCAGUUAUUAGCUUGAUGAUCCCCGCAGACUAACGUUCAGUUGGACCGAACGAUCUCCUGUUUCUUCCUGGUGAGCCGGCCACCUCAGGGGAAAAUCAAAGAGACCUUUGACUUCUUCUCGUGUAAAUCACUGGGAGAUUGCGUUAUACUCAUCUUUCUUUAAGUUUGUAAAGAUAUCCGGGAGAAAGGUAUGUAAAAUAAUGGUGAUGAAAUCGCUGUUCUUUUUCCUGAAGGACAUGAAGCAAUCCAGAUUACAUAUUAACCAUGGGGAGUUUCGUUCAAGUGACGAGUUGUGAUUUGCGUGUGGAUAAUGAGUUGUUUGAAAGGUGGAUAUUAUGAUUUCAUUAAAUCUUUUAUUUCGGACUUUGUUAUGAUUUUUCAACAAGAGUGCUGCAAACUUUAAAAAUGGCAUUUUUGUGCAUCCCCCUUGAGAGCCUAACUGCAUGCAAAAUUUGAUGGAGGGUUGAAAAUUUGCAUUUCCCAAGAUGUUUGAUUCUUACUGAGACUUGUUCUUAAUUUUUAUGUAGAUAAUCAGGUCUGAAUAUGAUUUUAUUAUACAAUUAUGACAUUGGUCUUUCUGUAACUAUCUCUUUCAGUUCAUUCAAGGCACACCUAAUCAGUUAUUAUAAUCAAUCACUCUGUAAAUCAUUGACCCUGAAGAUCCUCGCUCAUUUAAGUCUGUCUGCACAAGUUGCAACAAAGCCCGUAAUCUGACAAGAAACACUGAUUGUUGCUACGCGUGUUUUAUGUCAAUAGAGUAUAGGUAGGUAAUCUUCUGAGUCGCAAAACUGCCGGCUGAAGAAGAUACUUACCUCUUUGUUGUGAGAAUGUCAGCAAACGUGGCGGCAACUGGAAUACAAUCUAUGUCGAGUUGCUCCAACCUUUGAGUAGAAAGAAUUGGUUACACUUCUGCUUAUUGUCUGCUAUUUGCUGUUUCGCUGACUGGAAACGCCUUGAUUGGAAUUGUUGUGUACAAAACCCGAAGUCUGAGAAAUCCUGUCAACUAUUUUAUUGCAAACAUGGCCAUAUCUGAUCUGCUGUUUCCUAUUUUCCUGAUCCCUCAGGUUUUAGUUCAGUUGAAUACUAAUACCUGGCUGAUCGAUGGUCCUCUUGGCCAAGCAUUAUGUAAGCUGUCUGGUUAUUUAGUUGAUGUGUCAAGUGCUGUGUCCAUUCAGAGUCUCGUUACAAUAGCAGUAGAUCGAUUUAGAGCUGUGGUAUUUCCCCUUAGUUCCCCACUGAUUAGUUCAAAGCGCUGUCGGUUCUUCAUUCUCGCCACUUGGAUCAUCGCUAUGGUUGUCUUCUGCCCAUCCCUGUUUACUUGGAAAGUUGUGGAGCAUCCAGAGGGGCUGGCGUGUGUGAGGCGGUGGAAAGCGGCAGUUGGAGAGUCUUCGCUUAAAAAAACCUUUUCUGCCGCGAUGACUAUUAUAUAUCUGUAUUUUCCUUUGGUUUUUAUUGGCAUUCUGUACCUUAUUAUUGCUUUAAAAAUAAAAACCAAAAGGAUUAUAGGUUUGCAAUCGGUAAACGUUAGAGAACAACGUUAAAGAGAGAAAGAAAUGUUCUGAAGAUAUGCAUUGCAAUUGUAUUGGUGUUCGCAGUAUGUUGGGUACCAUUCAGCAUUUGGUGGCUGUUGUUCCUCUAUUCUUCAGUCAGAACAAUACCAUCGUGUGGCUUUCAAUUCUUUGGGGUUAUUGCCGUAUUUGUGAGGCGAUCAAACUGUGCUGUCAAUCCUUACAUUUGUUUCAUUUUCAGUGGAAACUAUCGUCAAGGUCUUAAAAAUCUCUUCAGU